UGCGCACAGGCUCGGUCUCAUCUCGACAUGAGCGCGGGCACGUCAAUAUACACACAGCGAGCGGAGCGGCGCUUUGGGUAUAGUAGAAGGUGCUCAACAGCGAGAGAAAUCCAGGCAGGCGCGGACACCUUCGGACACUGAGCAGAGGGUUUUUUUUUUCGCGGCGCAGUUUGUGUGGCGGCCGGGACCCGAUCUUUUAAAACCAUGCUGGAUUGACUGCAGAGAGGCAACUACAAUCAAUGGCUUGGUUUUGAAAUCGUUCAAAAUUUAUUGGAAAGGAGUGUGAGAUAGAGCGACAGUGGGAGAGGGAGAGAGAGGGAGAGCAGCGAGGGAGAGAGCGAGAGAGUGGCGAGAGGGGUGGAAAUAAAGAUCCUUUCAACGAUGGAGCUUACAAUGGAAAACAUCGGAAAUCUGCACGGUGUAUCUCACUCCCAUCAAACGAGCGACUUAAUGAACUCCCCACACGCGCGCCAGUCGUCGGCGUCGCAUCGGAACUUGGUGUCGCACGGACGGUCAGCGAUGGUGUCCAGCAUGGCCUCGAUACUGGAGGGAGCAGGGGACUACCGCACAGACCACGCUUUGUCUGGCCCCCUGCACCCGGCAAUGACCAUGUCGUGCGACUCCGGGAUGAGCCUGAGCAGCACCUACACCACGCUGACGCCGCUGCAGCACCUGCCCCCCAUAUCCACUGUCUCGGAGAAAUUUCACCAUCCACACCCACACGCUCACCAUCAUCCGGCGCACCAGAGACUCGCAGCUGGGAACGUCAGCGGCAGCUUCACCCUGAUGAGGGACGACCGAAGCCUCGCAUCUAUGAGUAACCUCUAUGGCCACUACCCCAAAGACAUGUCCGGCAUGGGGCAGCCCCUGUCCCCGCUGUCCAACGGGCUCGGGUCUUUGCACAGCUCCCAGCAGACUCUCAGCGCCUACGGUCCUGGAGCUCACCUCUCCAACGACAAGAUGCUCUCCUCGGGGGGCUUCGAGUCCCAUGCAGCCAUGCUGUCCCGAGGCGAGGAGCACCUGGCCCGUGGUCUCGGGGGCCACGGGGCCGGGCUCAUGACAUCCUUGAACGGCAUCCACCAUCACAGCCAUCCGCACUCUCAGGCAAACGGUUCCAUGCUGUCAGACCGGGACAGGCAGACGGUGGUGGGAGGCGGGCAGGGAGCUGGGUCAGGGCAGGUGGAGGAGAUAAACACCAAGGAGGUGGCACAGCGAAUAACGGCAGAGCUCAAGCGCUACAGUAUUCCCCAGGCCAUCUUUGCUCAGAGGAUCUUGUGCCGGUCCCAGGGAACUCUGUCUGACCUGCUGCGGAAUCCUAAACCGUGGAGUAAACUCAAGUCUGGCCGGGAGACGUUCAGGAGGAUGUGGAAGUGGCUCCAGGAGCCCGAGUUCCAGCGGAUGUCAGCGCUCAGGCUUGCAGCCUGCAAGCGCAAAGAACAGGAGCAACACAAGGACCGCAACACGGCGCCCAAGAAACAACGUCUAGUCUUCACUGACCUGCAGCGCCGCACGCUCAUCGCCAUCUUCAAGGAGAACAAGCGUCCAUCCAAAGAAAUGCAGAUCACCAUCUCCCAGCAGCUCGGCUUGGAGCUCAGCACCGUCAGCAACUUUUUCAUGAACGCACGUCGCCGCUGUGUGGACCGCUGGCACGAUGACCAUGGUACCAGUCCCGGGCAGCCGGGCACAUCCGCCACCACCUUCUCGAAGGCCUGAGAGAAGGAGAGGGCCUUCAGAGGGCUGGGGAACCAGGUUGGAACAACAGGCGACAUGGGAAAUUGGCUGUGAAACCUGUUCUUAAACAACCCUACCUGGCCUGGACCGCCUGAAUGUGUCCUCUGCCCCUAGAAAAAAGAAAUCCUUUGUGCCAUGCAAUCAUCUUUUUUGUCAGUCAAAAUCUCAAGCUCUCACCUGAAACAAGCAUAAUCUAAAAGGUGAAUUGUGAAGUCAGGUCCACUCUGCAUUACUCACAUAAGGACAAUCAUUGAUUCUGUCUUUUUUGAAAGAAAAUAAUUUUUAUGGCAUCUGACAAAGUAAAGAGACACCAAAGAUUUGAUGUUUUUGUUGGACGGUAUUUGCAUUAUGCCGGCCUCCUCCUUCACCAUCCAAGUAGCCACAGAAUCAGCUUUUUUGUCUCUCAACUCACCUCCUUUGUGUCUGCCUCCUUACUCUCUCCCACAUCCCCUCUACGCCGGCACACGGAAGCAACAAGGGCGAAAGAACGGCAAUAAAUCUGACAACAGAACAGCACAUAGCCUUAUUAUCAGAGCCCCAUCCUGCACACACACAAGGCCGUCAUAAAGAAAACAACGCAGCCUAUGAAAAAAACAACAAGGCUUUCCAAUUCUCCGCCUCUGCCUCCCCCUCCUCCUGUAGUCUCCUUCAUUCCUCAGCCAAAGGUAUUCCCUGAUGGCCAGCCAUUUCAGAGAGCAGCUCAGCCUGAUCAUACGGCAAACUAAUGAAUUGAAAAAUGAAUCGAUGCAGACAGAGAGAGCGGGGCCUUGACCCCUCCUGAAGGUGAAAGUCAAGACGCUCGGCAGUAGAUACUCAGGUCUUCCAGGCCCAGGUCUAUAUUUUUUGCACAGAUGUUGGAGGCCUGUAGGGAGACAUGUCAUUGUUACUCUUAGCCUGAGCCUAGAGUCUGUGUUUCUCUGACCAACAGGAGAGGCGGGUGAGAUGUCUGGACAUGCUCUUUGUUCUGCUGGGAGCUUUUUCUCUAAUCAAUAACUGAGAACCAAACGAUGACAACAACACGCUCGGGCAUCCAGCCAACUACAUUACAGCUGCAUACGAAAAGCAGAAUGUAAGAGGAGCACAUGGAACCCGGUGAAGAUGGGGACACAAAGGCCUCAGUACAGCAGCAGCUCCAGCAGCUCCAGCAGCACACCUUCUCCGUCCCCAGUGCUGCCUGAGCUGGCAGAGCAACAGUGCCCCCUGCUGUUGAAAGCAAAGACCUGUAUCCAGCAGAGCGAGGGGGGUUCGGAGUGGAGGAGAGGGAGGGAAGAGCCACUAGAUGCUGAGGAGAAGUCAUGGCACAACACAUUCAGGCCCUCACAGCUCUUUGAAGGCAGAUCAAUAGAUAACCAUUAUCCUAUUGUUGUUCCUCAUCCAACCAGCACUGGUGAAGCCGGAGGAGGGGGAUGGUUAAACUGAAAUGCUGAAAAUGCAGGGAUUUAGCAAAGGCAGGGAUUUAUUUAGGCAAUCUGAAUCUGACAAGAAUCAAGAAAAAUACUAAAAAUUUCACACAAAGAGGGGAGAGAAAAGUACAACAGAGUAAAAUGUAACAGAAAGGCAUACUGAGACAGACACGUCUGAGGUGCAGUGGAGGUUUAAUUUGUUUUUGGGAGGCUUCAUAUUUUGUCAAAUCAUUUUUUUCCCCAUUCAUCCAUUUCAUCUGUUUGCAAAAAAAUCUCUCUCAACAGAUGUGAUUCAAAGCAAAUCUCCUGGUUAUUCCCACACAAGGGUUAUCAGUAGCUAACCCAAAGCUAACCACCACACUCAGCUGUUCAAACGCUACAACAAUUAGUGCCAAUGCUUACUGCCUUAAUGCGAGUCAGAGAAUAUGGUACUAGGGUUAACACACAGCUACAGCGCGCCCCACUGACGGCGGGCAGUGUGUGCCAUAGCAACCAACAAUCAGCUUUUAACUGAAUUAAAGUAUACUUUUUUAGUAAAAAAUAAAAAAAAGAAUCAGAUUUUAAGGCCGUACAAUAACCAAAACCUCAAAUGACAAAGACACCACACACACAGUAUGUGAUACAAAUACAACGGGGGAAAAAUAGUUAAAAAAAAAAAAAUGUCUCCAACACAUAACUGGACACAUUUUGAAGCAGAAGAAAAAUCUCUCAUUCUAUCUUUGGUUCUCUACCUCCUCUGUCCCUCUAACCCCACUGCCCACCCCCACCCACCCCUUCUCUUCUCCUCUCUAUAUUGAUGCGGGUAUUUAAUUAGUACCAUAGACACAAAGUUUCUAUUUCUUGUUACUAUUGUGCUCUGUUGUGCAUAAGUAAGGCACCUUGUUGAUAAAUCAAAAACAAAAAAAGGAAGGACUUUUUAAAAGGAAAAAAAAAGAGGGAUGCAAGGACUGAGGCCAAUGAAGGAUGUAUUUUUUUGCAUUCUGUGUGAAUAUAGACUCGGAGGAGACAUUUACCACGAGAAAGAGAAAAAAAAAGAAAAACAGGGAGCUGCUGAAAAGAAGAAUUAAUGACGGACGCUUUCUCUCUUUUGGCAUUUCGUGUCAGAACUGUGGUACUCUCAGCCCCCUUUAAGCUGAGCCCCAAGAAAUGGGGUAAAAUGGAGGGGGACAAAACAUGACCUCCAAAUGUCCUGGCUGACUCAGUAUGUUUUAUUGGAGGGUGGGGUGGGGAAGGGGGUGUUAAAGCUUGGGACUCAAUAGUUAUCUGUAUGGUCUUAAGAUGCAACUGUAGCAUUUCCAACAAUGUAGUCAGAUUAGCGGUGCAGAUUAGAUAAGCGGUGGUCAUUGUAGAGGAGUUGAUCAAGAGGUGCUGACUAACCUCACCUUGCUGUAAGCAGUGAGUUAAAGUCGCCAGAGGAAGAUGAGCUUCAAUUGACUUGUUGUAUACAGUUCAGUGAGCAUAAGUAAAUAGCUAGAUUCAGCUCUAGGUAUUAAAGCUGACAAAAUGACAUUUGUUUGUAGUGAGAACCAAUGUGGCUACCUCACUAAGCUGAGUGGUUUGUGAAACCGCCACUAAUACCAAAGAUACUGCAGCCUACCAGUCACAAACUGCCUAGGGGGACACAAACCAAAAAUAAGAGCCCCCCCUCUUUGCCCAGAACUGUUACACACACUGAUAAUUAUACACACAGUCACACUCACACACAAUGUUCGUACUAACAGCGCAGUCAGACUGCAUUGUGCCACAUAGGAGGAGGUGGCUGCCUUGCAGACAGAGUUGAGUGCCUUUUCCCUUCAACCACGGGUGGGACUGCACUGGACACACAAACACACUCACAGCCAUGCAGAUGCAUGCAUAGGGCUGCACACCCAUUUACAAAACACGCACUCACACAGACAAAGCACCCAUAAUUGGAUGGACAGAAAGGGGGGCCAAAGAGAGGGACACAGAGUGGGGGCUGUGUCAGCAUUUUCUCCCAUAUUGACUUUCCAUCUUGAUACACUAGAAUACAAGCACUUUAUCAUGUAGAAAGUCUAUAAAACAUUUUCUAUACACUAUUUAUUUGAAACAAAAUUAUAUGUUACUCCUUACUCUGUCAGAGUCUUUGUUACUGUAUCGUUGAUCUUCUACUAGCUUUCAGCCUUUGUGUUUUUCUUUUUGCUCUCCGCCCAGUGUGCUUAUAACUCUCAGCCGCUUUACCUUUCUCACAUCAGAGAUAUUUUUGUGUACCAGAGAAAGAGGGGGGUAAAAAGGCCGUGGCUCUAAGCACUUAGAGGGCUGUAGUUGUAAAAAAAAAACAAACAAAAAAAAUCUUACCACGAAAUGUCUCUCUCUCUCCACUGCGUGCAAGCACAGAGGCUGCACUAGAAAAGUGUGGAAGACUCACUGACAGUUUAUAGACACAAACUCUCUCCUCCCUCCACCUUGUCUGUCCAGUCAACCUUUCCCCCUGGCUAGUGCUAAGACUUGGUAGGCGUGUGUUGACAAUUAAUUCUGAAAUACCUCAAAAACCUUUCAUGUAAACUUUAUGUAAUUUAAACUGAAAAUAAUACUGCUAAUGAUAACAAUGAUUAUGAAACUAUGAUACUAUGAUAGUUAGUUUUGGAACUUGUGACUUGAAGCUUUAUACUGUUAAAUUCCUUUUAUUUGUUUGCUUAUUUUUCUCGUACGUUCUCUCGUUUGUUUUUGCUACGGCAUGUACUUACUGUUUUCAUAAAGGAAAAGACAUUGUGAAUGUUUCUGUGGAGGGUCACACGAGAAAAGAAGAGACAGAAGAGAAGGCUAGAAUAGCGAGAGACGGGCGAGAGCUAUUCACUUUAGAUGUUUAGUUCAAAGCUCUCUCACAGGCGGGUACAUUCAAAGAAAAAAAACAAAAAAGAAAGAAAGAAAUGACAAAACUAUGAUUUGGGCUGAAUUAUAAACCAAAAAUUUGAUGUUAAACCAAAGGAGGAAUAACCUUAUAUCCAUUGUUAGCUUUCUUCUGUCUUUAAGUUGUCUUUUCUCUGAAAAAAAAAAUGACAAAAACAGUUUCACAGUUACUUUUGAAGGUUCCUGGGUGUGUUCAAGUGCUCCUGAUGUUCUUAGAAUAUUAAAGACCAGCACCUCCUAUUGAAAAGAAGGUGCGCUUUUUUCUUUUGUGCAUGGAUAUUGUAUAACUGUAUAGAAACCAACAGGAAUGACCUGUGAUUUUGUGGGGAGAGGAGGAGGAUGGAAAGACUUGGGAGUGGGUGGAGAUAGGGGUGGGGGAUAUUUUGGUUAUCAAAAUAAACAAAAAAAGGGUGGGAGGAUUUGGGUUUUAGGCGUUGGAGGGGUCCUUGUUUUUAGAAUUUCCGUCACUGUUGGAUUCACUGGUUGUGUGCAUGUGUUGUUGCAACCCUUCCCCUUUCCCCAUGUUUCUUUGAUGUAUAUAAAUCCAGACAGUAGGGGGCAGUGUGUGCUGGGGGAGGUCAAACUCCUCUCCUCCCAAUCAAUAGCAUUCAAUUUUCAUUCCUCAGCUUGUGGUCUUCACUUGGGUCCUGAAAAGUGUGUCUUGCUUUUCCAAAGACGGGCUGUUUUCUUGGAGUUAAUCAGAGGGACACACACAGGCCUGAGCGACCGUGAAUAUACUUGUAUGUCUGUCUACAUGCUUUUCUUCAAUCUGUGUAUAUGUGUUCAUUUGUACUUAUGUGGAGGACAAAGUGCUUUCUAUUUUCUGUUCCUUUGCUAUGGGUUGCAAUAUUUGUCAUGCAAAAAUUUGAAACCAUUUCUUACUGACUGACCGACCAACCAACCACAGUUCCAUCUGGCAACUGGUCAUCCAAACCCCGAAAUGUCGUCAGCAUUUACUGUCAAACAGCAUAUGUGUGUGUCAUUUCACUGCGGGCUCGAAUAGGUUGCCAAUUGGACUGAUGUAGACACCCCCAGUCACACUGUGCUCUCCCUCUUCUGUUACCUGUUAAUCAAUCAGAACCAAGUGUCUUUGUGAUGGUAGAAGACAAUCAGUUUCAAAACAAGAAAAAAGGUAGAGAGAGGGCAGGCCAGUGGGGAGGAGGAUAAGGGAGGACGGAAGAGCAAAAUCACGGGAAAAGAGGCUCUCUGUAUCAUGACAAGCUGUAGUGCCCGACUGCCAACGACUGCCCCACUCGCUCAGAUAAUUUUCAUCCCAUCAAAGCAAAAUCUGACCACAGCGUUCGAGCUCCACGUGAUACAAACCAAAACAUUGUAAAUUCACACCCUCAUCCCUUGUCACUUUUCACUCUGCUUCACCUCCUACUACAAUAUAGUGCAAUGCAGGAGGACAAACCGCAAAAAAAAGAAAAAAAAACCCAUAAAAAAAAAAACAGAGCUGUGGUGCAAAGACCAUAUUUCCCAUCACCCACCGCAAUAUCCUGCUAAUCUAAUGAUGAUGUAACCAGCCGCGAGGAAUAAAAAUGGCUCCGGUUGGUGGCUUUUGCACAGAGAACUAUGCAAACACCUGACCCCCCCAAUCUUAAUCGUUGCUGCUGGGUCAGAGUGAAUAACCCUCAACCCUCCCCCCUCCCUCCCUCUGACAUUUAAACACUCACACUUUGACCUCCAUGACCUCUUAUUGCCCCGCCUGCCGCCCCAUCCCACAAGCGCAGUGCGGGCAGAGCAACCCCGGUCACUCAGGGUACGGUUAGAGGGUGGCCGGGGGAGAGAAGAGCACUACAGUGCCCCGUGUUUCACCGAGACUGAUGUCACAUAGCUUUACAUGAAUGCCCCAAACUGCCACUGACAUCAAAAUGGAGUCCAUGCUGGCGUUUGCAAGCUGAUCCUCCCCUGCUUAUGGCUCCAUUGUUCUACAAUGUUUGACUGUCUUUGUCCCCAGCGCCAAGGAAGGGCCACAAUCAAUGCAAAGACACUUACAUUGUACUUACUUAAGUUUACAAAGUCGUCUGGAGACGGUGGCUUAUAUUGCACUUGGACAGACAGACAGACACACAAACAGACACAGGCACAUGCUGGAGAGGGUGAGUCUGCCUUUUGAGAGUGUUUGCUGAAACCAAAGAUGAAAUCAGAGGUACGACAAUCUGGCUGCCAAACCUAGAAGACAAUGUUCAGCUCUCUGGGCUGCUCUACGGGUCCUGUGAUUUUUACCGGCCAUGUGGACAUUCCACGUAUUGCACUUACACACACAUACCUUGGUGUAAACCUUUCACACACAUCUCCAUCCACGCAGAAACGAGGGGAUUAACCCACUCACGUCUGAUCGGAAAGCCUCUUUUCCCUCCUCCCACUGCAGAAGCCGGAGAGCCUGUGGAGGACUUUUAGUUUCACUCUAGUUGAGACUUUUGAGAAGGAAAAAAAUCUGAGUAAUAACUGUUACAGAAAAAUAAAAACUUAAAAGGAUAAUAUGGGUAAAUUGCGUGUUUUGAAAUAAAUUAACAAAUAAAACAAUUGUAAAACAAA